CACCAAAAAAGCUGUAGGAAGACUUGACGUGCUUGAAGUUUCUAAAAUGCAAUCCAUCACAUGAGAAUAUAUAGACCAAUAUAAUAAUGGUUGGGUAGCACCUGAUUUGCUUAUAAAAGGAUAAGAGUGAAGAGGGAGAAUAUCUAACCAAGUGUGGGAAGAGCACACACAAGGCUGGCAAGUAGAUCUCAAGCAAGUACAUAAAUACAAGACUCAGUGAAGCUGAAGCCACAUUGCAAAAGCUUUAAACCAUGGCAGAUUGGAGCAAGAAGACCAUCCUUCGAAGCGAUGCCCUUCUGCAGUACAUCUACCAAACAAGUGCUUAUCCCAAAGAGCACGAGCAACUGAAGGAUUUAAGAGAGGCCAGUGUCGAAAAGUAUAAAGAUUUGAGCGUUAUGAAUGUACCUGUUGAUGAAGCACAGUUCCUCUCUAUGCUUCUAAAGAUAAUGAAUGCCAAGAAGACCCUGGAAAUUGGAGUUUUUACAGGGUAUUCCCUGCUUGCUACUGCCCUUGCGUUGCCCGAGGAUGGCAAGGUAAUAGCUAUCGAUCCCGACAAAGAAGCUUACGAGACUGGAUUACCAUUUAUUAAGAAAGCUGGCAUUCAGCAUAAGAUUAAAUUCAUCUCAUCCGAUGCCUUUUUAGUUUUAAAUGAUCUUAUUAAAAAUGGUGAAGAAGGGACCUUCGAUUUCAUAUUCGUGGACGCCUACAAGAGCGACUAUCUUAAAUUUCAUGAGCUGACAUUGAAAUUGGUCAAGGUUGGAGGAACCAUAGCCUACGAUAACACUUUAUGGUAUGGUUCGGUUGCAGAAUCCGAGAAAGAGGUCACCGACGACCUUAUUAAGAUGUUUAGAAAUUUUGUUAUUGAAUUCAAUAGCUUCAUUGCCGCUGAUCCUCGAGUUGAGUCAUCACUCCUUUCCAUUGGUGAUGGCCUCACCCUCUGUAGGCGUCUCUACUAGAUAAAACCUUACUACUAGUGUGUUUAAUUUGAAACGUAAACGAACUUACAUCUCCAUGUUUUAAUCAGUUUGAAUGAUCUUUGACUUAUUCAUGUUGGGAUGAGCCGUACAGCCAAUUGCAAUUGGAAGGCUUGAUUCCAAUCAUGCAACAACAUUAUUUAUGUUGAAUGAUUAAAGGUUUUUUUUCAUCAAUAAGACAUCAAUUAUAACAA